AUGGCGUUCACGAUCUACAGCUGCAAGGAAUGUGGAUCGGAUCUAAAUCUAAACCCAAAGGACAUGUUUCCUCGUGAUUUCUACUUCGAAGCCGGUAACAAAGGAACCAUCUCCUUCGCCGCCGUGGACGCCGAUAAAUUCAGAUUGGAGAAAGAGGACAAGAUCAUGCCCUUCUUCGAAACCCUAAAUUACUGGGGAAUCCAACGCAAACGGACCAAGAUCAAGUGCAAUAGCUGUAACCACCUCGUGGGUUAUAUCUACGACGAUGGUCCUCCUCUCACCGGCGGUAUAGGCCAGUACGGGUUCGGUCCGAGUCAGGUUGUUCCUCGUGCUCCUCGCUAUCGGUUCAAAACCAAGACCCUUUUGAUCUCGUCAUCCCAGACCUAA